AUGGCUUCUUCGGCUGGUUCUACUGCUGGGGCCGGAGCCUCAGGAAGCAGGCGACAGUCGAAUGGACUAGUAGGAUCUCUUCACGCAGCCAAAAGACAUGCAGGGGGAGCCGAAGGAGUCGACGAAGAGGACGAUGAGCAAGGCGCAAGAGGACAAACUGUCAAGGUCGAAUCGGAUGGUGUGAUGGGAGAUGGAUUGGAUGAAUCCAUAAAGCAGGGUAUAGCCAAAGCUAUCGCUCAUUCAAGAGUAACGAAGCCGCUCCCAGGCUCCAGACGAGCGACUGCAGGUGUCGAUUUCGUACCUAAGCAAGCGACCGUUCCGAAGAGUACAACAGAGAAGGAGAAUACAAGGAGGUUGAUUGUCGUACUGUCGCAGGCCUGUCUGGAAGCCUAUCGAGUCUCAUCAGGAUCAGGAGGCAAGAAUGCAGCUGGAAAAGAGGCCAAAUACGCCUUGCUAAAUUGUGAUGACCAUCAAGGAAUAUUGGCAAAGACAGGAAGGGAUAUCGCAGAUGCCAGACCAGAUAUCACGCACCAGUGCCUCCUAACCCUGCUCGACUCUCCCUUGAACAAAGCUGGGCUUUUGCAGGUCUACAUACAUACCGCCAAAGGCCAAUUGAUUGAAGUCAACCCGAGUGUCAGAAUACCUAGGACGUUCAAGCGGUUCUCAGGUCUCAUGGUGCAACUCCUGCACAAACUCAGUAUCAGAGGUGUCCAAGGAUCAGAGAAGCUCUUGAGAGUGAUCAAGAACCCAGUCACCGACCACUUUCCAACCAACACCAUCAAGCUCACACUCUCCGCCGACGCUCCCACAGUCAGACUAUCCCAGUUCUUGCCCACUCUCCCGGAGUCCCAUUCCAUAGCUGUGUUUGUUGGCGCCAUGGCUCGAGGUCCGGACAACUUUGCCGACCAAUGGGUCGAUCAAAAGAUCUCGAUCAGCGAAUACACGCUAUCGGCUUCUGUGGCUUGUGGUAAAUUCUGUUGCGCAAUGGAGGAGAUGUGGGAUAUCAUCUAG